AUGGCCGCUCAUGUGCUAGACGACUACUAUCUCGGUAUAACUGCCAUCGUCACCGUGGGCUACCAACUCUUCUUCUUCGCCAUUGCUUAUGCCUGUAAAUUCGAUAAGUUGACUGACUUCGCCGGAGGCUCCAACUUCAUUGUUCUCGCUGUCGUCACCGUCUCACUCAGUCACCCCCAUAAUGGCCGCCAACUUGUAGUCACGCUCUUUCUCAUCGCCUGGGCCGUCCGCCUCACGUCUUUCCUCUUCUUCCGCAUCCUGAAAACAGGCAAAGAUGACCGCUUUGAUGAAAUGCGUCAAAAGUUCUUCCCCUUCCUUGGUUUCUGGAUCCUGCAGAUGCUUUGGGUCUGGACGGUCUCCCUGCCAGUGACUGUGCUGAAUUCACCGGCUGUGACUCGUUAUCCGCAGCACAGUUUUGGAACUGGGAGAGAUAUUGCUGGUAUUGUGUUGUAUUCUAUUGGACUGGCGAUCGAAGCCAUUAGCGAUGCACAAAAGUACCGAUUCCGGAGCAAGCACGAUGGCCAAGCUGUUUGUGAUCAAGGCCUAUUUGCUGUAUCGAGGCACCCCAACUACUUUGGAGAAAUCAUUGUUCAUUUUGCCAUAUACAUGAUCGCCGUCUCACCGGCUGCUAAUGGCUUCGUUCGCGGCCAAGCCUUCAAAGCUCUCUAUGCCACUAUUCUAGGCCCAUUCUUUCUCACUUUUCUACUACUCUUUGUAUCGGGAAUAUCCCUUGCAGAGCGACCCAAGGCGAAGGCUCGCUAUGAAAAAGACAAUAAUUGGUCAGGCUAUAAGCGGUGGCUAGACCGAACCAGCGUCCUCAUUCCGUUUCCUCCGCAGUUGUACGAGAAGAUGCCGACGAUUCUAAAGAGAACCGUAUUUCUCGAGUUCCCCAUGUACGUAUUCGAUCCGAAGAAGCACUCCAGCGCGCCUCAGCCUGGGAGAAGAGUGAACGAGGGCGAAGGUGAACCGGCAGAAAGCAAUCGAGAUGAUAGUCCACAGAGCGGCGAUGAGCACUUAAUAGAGUAG